AUGAUAUCGUUUGAUGUGGUCUCCUUAUUCACCUCCAUUCCAACGGACCUUGCCAUCAGCACCAUUAACGAGCUUCUUCAGGAGAAGUACGAUGAAACUGAUCAACGGCUUAAACGAACGCACGUCAUCGAACUCCUGGAAUUGUGCCUCAGAACUUUCUUCACUUUCAACAACCGGGUUUACGAAAAAAAGAAGGGAACACCGAUGGGCUCCCCGCUGUCUGGACUGAUUGCCGAGGCUGUUCUACAGAGGCUCGAGCGACUGGUCUUCCGUUCGUACUCCCCAAAAUUCUGGGCCAGAUACGUCGACGACACAUUUGUCGUAAUCAAGAGGAACGACGUUCAGGACUUCAAAGUGUUGUUGCACUCAAUAUUCCCCGACAUCCAUUUCACAAUGGAAGAGGAGUACAACAACCAGUAG